AUGGGUCUUAAUGGAUUAAGAAGGUGCAAAGUGCUUAAGUGGUUAAGCCAUAAAGUCGGUUUUGGAGCAAUUCAAGUUGGGUCUGCUGUGACUCCGGUGACUGUAGCAGAGUUGCCGGGACUUAACACUCUUGGUAUCUCAAUGGCACGUAUUGACAUCGCCCCACAGGGUAUUAACCCCCCACAUACACACCCUCGGGCCACUGAAAUUUUGACUGUUAUGGAAGGCCGUAUUCUAGUCGGGUUUGUCACAUCCAACCCUGAAAACCGACUCAUCACAAAACUACUUCAGAAAGGCGAUGUUUUCGUGUUCCCAGAAGGUCUAAUUCACUUCCAGAAAAACGUGGGAAAUGGCUAUGCUGUUGCUAUUGCUGCUUUGAGUAGUCAAAAUCCAGGUGUUAUUACCAUUGCAAAUGCUGUGUUUGGAUCAAAUCCCGAUAUCGUAGCAGAUAUUCUUGCAAAGGCUUUUCAAGUUGACGUCAACGUCGUCUAUCAAAUUCAAUCUAAAUUCUAACUUUUAUGUGAUUGAAAAAUGUUGUUUUCAAUGAUUUAUACUCUUCAAUCUUGUGAUAUUUUUUAUUUUUAUGUUGCUAUAUUUAAAAUUGAAUAAAAAAUAUAUAUUUUAUUGU